AUGGCUGAUACACAUUGCGACUGUUCCGAACCCCGGCCCUUGGCUAGAGUGGACUCGAAGUUGGACCUGAAUGAUGUAGUGGGAGCGCCUGAAAGUACAGAGGGUACUGGGGAGGACGGCAAACCUGUAUCUUCUCCGCAGUGCCAGGCUGGGCCAGUGCAAGAUGCAACAGAAAAUAUUCAACCCGAAACCAAUGGCGUUCACACACCCAACUCGAAACAGGACGACCAUGAUACUUGUCUGUCAGCAUUACCGGUCCAAAACAAUGACCUCAUUUCUGAAGGCAAAGAAUUACAAACCAGUAUCGACUCCACCAGAGAAUCACCGGUGGAAAAGGCCCCAGAGACCAACGGAAUUACUACAUCAUUUGACAAGCAGGAAGUGAACGGAGAAGUCCAGGCCGCGACGGAGACCAACAAACAGCCCAAACGAAUCUCGAAAAUUCCGGCCAUCAUUGUCGAUAUUGGGGGGGUUCUCGCCAAUUGGACCGCACUCCAAUCGUUGGCCAUUGCUCCGGCCAUGUUGCAUCGAUUCCGCAAAACACGUUUUUGGUACGAGUACGACCUCGGCCUUCUCUCACAAGACGAAUGCUACGGCCGUCUCGCCGCCCAGUACGGAGUUUCGGCAUCAGAUAUUGCGGAAGCCUUCGAUAAGGCACGAGAAUCUCUGGUUCCGAAUGACGCAGUAUUUGACAUGAUCAGAGAACUGAAGACAACCUACCACGAUUCGCUCAGGAUUUAUCUCAUGUCCAAUAUUCCAUCGGCCGAGUGGAAAUGCUUGCAAGAAAACCCCCGUUUUGAAUGGACUCUCUUCGACGGCUUCUUCACCUCUAGCCAAACAGGCAUGUGCAAACCCGAGCUUCGAUUUUUCCGACAUGUUCUUCAAAGCAUUGGGCUUAAACCCGCGGACGUGGUUUUGGUCGACGACAAUGCGGAAAAUGUUCUGGCAGCACGAUCUCUAGGCAUCCAGAGUUGGAGAUUUAGAGGAGCCGAUGGCCUUAAACAGUUCUUCAAAAUUCUAUUUCACGAUCCGAUUGAACGGGGAUGGGAGUACCUGCACAAGAAUGCUAAAGAGAUGUGGAGCGUAACCCCCCAGGGGAGGGAAGUGAGAGAUAACUUUGCCCAGCUCUUUUUAUACGAGGCUGUGGAUGAUCUAAAUCUCGUCACGAUGACAUUCUACGAACGAACAUGGAAUUACUAUAUUGAGAAACAAAUCGACACGGUGGAAAAGCACCCGGACGACAUUGACACAACAUCCCUGGCGAUGAUUCUACUACCCAAUGAUGUGGAAAAAGCGAACUCGAUCCUCGAUGAAGUCCUCGGGUACACUACCGAAGACGGCAUCAUUAUGACUUAUUUCGACAACAAACGUCCUCGGGUCGACCCAGCCGUGUGUGUGAAUGCUCUUCGUUUCUUCUACAAAUAUUCGCGAGGGGAUUCACCGGCUCUUCAGCCGACCAAAAAUUGGGUAUCGGAUGUUCUCUUCUACCGGGCGUACCUCGACGGGACAUAUUACUACCCCACUGGUGAUGUCUUCUUGUACCUCUUCAGUCGAUUGCUCACCGCGAAUCCCCAUAGCGAUAUCUACCGCAGCACGGCGUCUUUGCUGCGGGAGAGGCUGCAAGAACGGAUUGGAACCACUGGAGAUGCCUUGGAGUUGGCGAUGCGGGUGAUCGCGUGUCAUGACAUGGGAAUCAAGAAUGACGUCGACUUGAGAAAGCUAGAAAUCAGCCAAGAAGAAGAUGGCGGGUGGGAGGUGGGCUGGCUCUGCCAAACAGGCAAGACGAGUUUAAAGAUUGGGAAUAGAGGGUUGACCACUGCAUUGGCGGUCAAAGCCAUCGACAUGGUGAGGAAGACUAAAUGA